CAGAGCUAUAGCUAGCAUUUUAUCUUCCGAGAUUCCUCCAAUUUAUUUUGUCUUGGCUCGCGCUUUGAAACAUUGUUAUGAUGUUUAAAUAGAUGCUCGACGGCUGUUGUCAAAACAAAGAUAUUUGACUGUAAUCUUACAGAGAAAGUAUAAAUUAUAACACUGUACAAAAAUGUUUACACUUGGAAGCAGGCUAGCUCAGUUUCACAUUGCCUCAGGUACAACUGCAUCAGAGGAUACCAAAGAAGAAAACCCCCAACCUACUCAAACAUUUAAUGAAUUUCUGCAGUAUGUCAGGAAAAUUGGUGGGUUGAAAAAAGAAGACAUUUUCUGCAACCUUCGUAUCUCAAACUCUAACCAUCCAUCAAAAGAUGACAUCAGUGUCAUCAUCCUCACAGACACUUACAACCCUCUUUCACGUGAAGGCCACGGUGUUUUCUGCAUCGACGUGAAACUCUGGAGGGGAACUGUGUCUGCACAGAACCAAAACUGGCACGUUCAACUCAAAGAAGAUUACCAAAACUUUACUAACACCUGCAUAGAGCAAGUGGAAGACCCCCUCAAAGCUAUCAUGAACAAGACAGCCAACCUGUGGCAGUACAUGAAGAGGAAUGGAGUGUCAGUACGCCAGAACCUUUUUUUCCCCAGAGUGGUCUUUCUGGCCUCAGACUGUGAGCUGGAUGAAGAACUCAGGAAGAAGAAAGAGAUGGUUUCCCACAGCCAAAUGGAUGCUUUCUUCCAUUCUUUCAGAGAAGGAUAUGUGGCCUGGAUAUCAGAUGCAAUGACUCCCUCAUGGCUGACUGGCCACCUGUCAUACAUACAAAUGGGGGAGCUGAGGGAGGCCCUGAGGAGAGUGGGGACCUGGGACCUGGUGAAGCUGCACUGUGGAGAGCAGCUAAGGGGAGACUACAAGGGAUGCCAGUACAUCGCUCUCAACCGCCAGGACACUGACAUGUUGGAGUUCUCCAGGGUCAAGACCCUGUCUGCUGACUCACUGUGGGCCCUUCUGGGGCAUGCCCCUCAGGUCACAGUGAAGAUGUAUAAGCGUGGAGCCCAGGGCUGGCUGGGCAAACCUCUGAACGCCACCACCACCAUCCCCUACAACACCCAUGUGAUCUUCAGAGUCAGUGGAGAAGAGGAAGACUUGAAGAUCCUGGCCAACACCAUCUGCAGCAUCACACUUAGCAUAUGACUCAGCAUAGCCAGCAGACGAAGUCUAUGGAGCUACUCUUGGUU